AUGUUGUCCAUAUCGACAGAGAGCUGGAGCUUGUACCCUGCAAACACUACCAGUUAUCAGAUUGCAUUGGCGGACGGUGCUAACAGUUCCUCACAGUUCACUGGCGUCGAGCUGCUGCAGUCGUUCAAGCCCCUCAUCAUCCCCUGCUACGUGCUGGUGGUGUUUGUCGGUAUCGUCGGGAACUACCUGCUUCUCUAUGUCAUCUGUAAGACCAAGAAGAUGCACAACGUCACCAACUUCUUCAUCGGCAACCUGGCCUUCUCCGACAUGCUGAUGUGUGCCACCUGCGUGCCCUUCACCCUGGCGUAUGCCUUCCACCCACGCGGCUGGAUCUUCGGCAAGUUCAUGUGCUACUUUGUCUUCCUGAUGCAGCCGGUGACAGUCUACGUGUCCGUGUUCACGCUCACCGCCAUCGCCGUGGACAGGUAUUACGCCACGGUGCACCCGCUGAGGAAGCGCAUCUCCAUCGGCACCUGCACCUACAUCCUGGCCGGGGUCUGGCUCGUGUCGUGCGCACUGGCGGCUCCGGCUCUCGCCCACACCUUCCACAUCCGGUUCCGAGACCAGGACCUGACCAUCUGUGAGGAGUUCUGGAUGGGGCUGGAGAGGCAGCACCUGGCGUACGCCUACAGCACCCUGAUCAUCACCUACAUCCUGCCACUGUCCGCCGUCUCCCUGUCCUACCUGCGCAUCACCCUCAAGCUGAGGAAGAGAGUGGUGCCCGGCAACGCCACACACGGCCAGGAACGGUGGGAGAAGGUGCGGCGCAAGAAGAUCUUCCGGCUCCUGGUGCUCGUGGUGGCGGCGUUUGGGGCCUGCUGGCUGCCGCUGCAUGUCUUCAACAUCAUCCGCGACAUCGACAUCAGCCUGAUCGACAAGGACUACUUCAACCUGAUCCAGCUGCUGUGCCACUGCAUCGCCAUGACGUCGGCCUGCUGCAACCCUUUCCUCUACGCCUGGCUUCACGACCGCUUCCGGGCCGAGCUGAAGAGGAUGUUCGCCUGCAGGAGGAAGAUCGCACCUGCCAACAACUGCAUCGCCGUCAGCGUCGUGCUGUAG